AUGUUGAAACAAGCCUUAUUUUGUUUGGACGUCAUUGGUCUCAUUGAUUCCAUCAGUUACAUGGCGGUGUCUCCCUCUCUUAUUUUCUAUGUUUUGCAACUUGGAGGCACCACGAAAGACUACGGUUGGAUCAUGUCCGUCUUCAGUUUUGCUUCGUUUUGCGGGAAACCAGCGUAUGGAGCUUGGGUCGACAAGGGAGGUAAUAAGUUUCGGGUCCCAUACUUGUCCAGUCUGGUGGUGUCAGUGAUUGGUGCUCUACUGUAUUUCUUGGCGGUGACAGUGACAGAUCCCAGAAUCGCCGUGGGCAUGAUUUUUGUGGGACGGUUUCUCAGUGGAAUUGGUGCCGCCAAUCAAGCAUUGGGAUAUGCCUAUCUGGCAUCAAUAGUCCCUCCGGAAAUGCAAACGCGGACUGCUACCAUGAUUACCGUAGUGCGAAUUGUGGGAAUGGUGGUGGGUCCGGGAAUUAAUUACUUUUUGGAUUCGGUCCAUGGCCAAGUGUUUGGAGUUCCAGUGGGUCCUUUGAACUCCGUUGGAUUGCUGCUAGCGAUCGGCUACUUUGUUGCGGCGCUCGUUGUGUACUUUAUCAUGCCGGAACCACCAGAAAAGGACAACACGGUCAAGCUACCCGAAGCAUUCGAUGCAGGAUCUUCUGAUUCGGCAAAUUUUUGGAUAGCUUGCCUGUCAAUAGACAUUUUGCUUCCAACCUUUAUUUUGUUUGCGGCCAAUUCUGCCUUUCAGCUCAUUGAAACGGCAUUGCCUCCGGCUGCCAGUCACGGAUUGAGAUGGGGUCCAUCGGAAGCCUCGGCAGUCUUGGGUGCCGUUUCCAUUGCCAUUUUUGGGGUCAUGGGUGUUGUCAUGUUUAUGUCCACAAGCGGGGUUUCGGAUACCAAAUUGGUCGCAGCAGGCAAUUUGCUUUUCCUGGUCGGUGGAGUCUCAAUAUACCUAAUGUGGACCGAUGUUGCCAACGCCUGGCAAUACAUUCUCCCAGUCAUGAUAUCAAUUUCUGGCUUUCCCUUUAUCGCAUCUCCCAACCGAUCCAACUUCACCAAGGCGGUCAUGGAUCGACCAGUCUUGGAGUCUAAUCAAGCUACCAUGCACGCCAUUUUGUCCAUGUUUCACAGCGUGGCGGGAUUUACUACCCCUGGAUUUGUCGCCGCCUAUGUCAUUCGAUCACCCCAACAAGUCGAUGCUUCUGCUGACAAUCGCGAGUUGACAUCCUUGGCACUCUAUGCUCCCGUAUUAUGUGCUUUGAGUCUGGUCGGUUUGUAUUAUAUAGCGUGGAAGGAAGGCAAAGAAAGAGAAGAAGUCAUUGGAGAGGGUACUCCACUGGUGGGCAGGGGUAGCGGUAGGGGUAGCGGCAGGGCGAGUAGGAAAUCUACUGCAGCGGGACUGAAUCAAGCUUUUAGGCGAUCUGCUGUAGUGGACCGUCGUGCUUCGACGGAAAUCAUGGGAUUGGCGGUCGGUUUUGAUACGCUUGCUGAAAAAGAAAUGAAAAACAACCAAUUGGCGGACUGGGAAGAAUUGAAAACGCUGUUCGAAUUGGACGACUCCUACCGGUAUGAAUAUCCUAGUCCUGUAUCUUCACCUAGCCCUAGGACUAAAGCAAAAGCGUAG